AUGUUCCUUGUACUGUCUGCGGUGCUCACUUGGGCGACGAUGUUCAUCAUCCCAGCUCAAACACAUUCAACCGAAAUCCUCAGCAGCAUGUCCAUGAGCACCUUGACCGAAACGGUGGAAUGCACCACCACCGCGUACACCGCCCCAGUCAUCCAAGCAGGCCCGACAAGCACUUACUAUUCCCUGACCACCUACACAUCCCACAUCUACGAUUGUCAUGGCUGCGACACCGUCGUGGUUCUCCCGUACGGCCACGUCUUCGUGGAGGAGACAUUUACCAUCACUGUGACCGCCAGCAACGCGACCACCAUUACCCUCCCACGAUGCAGCCUGACUCCAGGUCCAGCGGUCAUGACGACUCCCAAUUGA